GAAGGGGAAAAGUGGAGAAGCGAGAAGCUGCGCUUUGCUGCGGGCGGCCCAACCCAUCUUUCUGGCUUGUUUAAUGCUUCUCUUCGAGCGCGGUGCGUUGAGCUCGUCGUUGAGGGAUGGCCGCGGAGCUCCGGAGAGACUCGGUCUCCUCCCGUGAUGAGCAGGGUCCUCGAGCGUCUCCGCAGCAGCUCGUGUCGAGCCUCCCUUUCAGCGUGGAAGCCCUCAUGAGGGACCGGGGAGUGAGGGAUGGAGGGAGGCUUCAGCACGCCAGACCGUCCGCUGCUCUCCAGGACCCGUCCGAGACUGAGGGCUUCCCCAGACACGCCGGACCUUCGUCCCCCGUCAAGUCGGAGGCGUCAGAUCAAGAGGAUGCUUCCUGGGCCAUGAAGUCCGCGUCGUCGUCGCCUCCGCCACGUCAGCUGAGUCCAGCCACAUGCUCUCUGAGAAAGCACAAGACGAAUCGCAAGCCUCGGACUCCUUUCACUACCAGUCAGCUCCUGGCUCUGGAGCGGAAGUUCCGGCAGAAGCAGUACCUCUCCAUCGCUGAGCGGGCAGAGUUUUCCAGCUCUCUCUGUCUGACGGAGACACAAGUUAAGAUCUGGUUCCAGAACCGACGAGCCAAAGCCAAACGCCUGCAGGAGGCAGAAAUGGAGAAGCUGAAAAUGGCGGCCAAACCUAUGCUGCACUCUGGCCUCUCAUUACCGUUUCCCCUCAGCACUCAACCACAGGCAGCAGCACUGAUCUACGGACAGUCCGGACAGUUCCCUUUCCACAGGUACAUGCUCCCCAUGCCUCCGCUCGGGAUAUACUCCACACCUGUGGGCUAUAAUAUGUAUCAUCUAUCCUGAGAGGCACUCAGGAAGGAUUCUGGAAGGUUCUGAAUCAGUGGUGCCUAAACAUUUUUGCCUGAUUGGCCGAAAUGUAAUCUUAGUGGUGAGUCAAGAGCCCAGAAAUAUCCAGAAAUGGCCGUGUGUAAUUUGUCUACAGUAGUACCAGCUGUAUACAACUCUGACCAAGUAAACGUCAUCUGGCGCCUCAAACAAAAGGUCUUCACAGGCCACAAAAGAGACGUUUCCUAAGUGCACCUUAUCAUGAAGACUAUGCAAGUUCAGAUGCUGGAUAUACUGAACUGCUUAGUUGAAUUUUGAAAUGGGUUGGUUGAAGAUUAACAGUCAUAGGCUUGAUAUUGUUUUUUUAAGUUUCUUCACCUACUUGCUUCUCAGAAUGUUUAGAAUAACUGAUGUGAAUUCAGAAAGUUGUUGGUAUUUUACAGUGUAAAGGAAGACCGACUCUUUAUAUCAAACAUACAAAGCAUAUUAUGGGAAAUGUUAAGCAGUGAUCAGUAUUUUGCAUUGUAUAGGUUAGAGGACUGUUCAAUUAUGUUGAUUCAAAACCACCACCAAGUGCUGUUCUGUAUUGUUUUUCUCCAAAGCUAACCACGCAAAGCCAAAUAAGUUGAUGACUUCACCUCUAUACAGCCUUUUAUGAAUUUGUGUAGUGGUCACAGUUAUAUUUAUAUAAGAAAGAAAUGUACUGUAAUAUAUGUUUCACAGCAAUUGUGCAUUGAAUUGGUGAAUGUAAAUCAUUAAAUUUGACUUUCCGAG